CUUCGGAAGACUGGUCGGCGAGCUUCGUUUGAGACGUUCACAUAAUACUGCUAAUAAACAUGCCUAAAAACACCCUUUGCACCGAUAGCUACUGGGAUAGAUGCUUCGAGUGAACGGUGGAAACAUUGGGCUUGACUCUCUCACGGUUCGAAUAGAGACGACAUGAGUGACAGCAUUAUAAAUGGACAAGGCCAGUUCGUCUCCAUUCCGCUUCUAACCCCUGUUCAUCACCCUCGCUCAAGCCAACGACAUGCCUGUUCAACUGUCCAGCUGAGCAAGGGGAUUGCCAGCCUGUUGGUGCAAGGCCAAGUAAAUCAAAUCUUGGCCACCUUUACACGUACGACGGGGGAUGUGGUGGCGUCCUAAGGCCUUCAUCCUGCAUCCUCCUGCACGGGAACAGGGAACAUUCCUUCGUACAACAUACAGAACAGAACCGUCGUGUGGGUACCUGUCGAUCGGGGCGAUCAUGGCGUCCUGGUACCGUACAUAUCCAAAGGAUGAAGGGAAAAUCAGCCAGGUGAUCCCCCAAUCCAGGAGAUUGGGAACGAGUUCAGGGGGGGGAGUGUGCCGUGCCUCGUUCAGGCGAAAAGUAUUACUCCAUCAUAAUUCACCAGACAGAUGGGAAGAGGCGACAGUCAGAUGUGAAAUCCAGAAGCAUGAGCUGUUUUUCUUCUUCUUCUUCUUUUCUUCUUCUUUUUUUGCGCAAGAGAUAUUGCAUGCUGCCAAUUCCCUCUUUCAGCAUGAUCACUCCGCGGACAUACUCGAAAUGGUUCGAUUAAGGAACAUGGCGACACUAAAUAGGACUCGGCCAGUCGAUGGGGCCAUGGGGCGGGCCGUCUUCAAGACGGCGCACGGCAAACCCUCAUUGCAAUGUUUAAAUUGAGACGGUCGUAUGUCGUAGGUCGCCGAGGCGGCCCUAGAGCUGAAGAUCAAGCCCGGGUGUGAAUCAGGUUGGCAGCAACUAAGACUUAGACUAAUAGUCCAAGGUCGACUUCGACGAGUGCCAGCUCCGGGAGGAAACAACGAAAAGCGGUAGGCGAG